CGGCGGCGGGAGCUUAGUUUGGUGAGACCGUGAGAGCAAGGCAGUCUAAGAGGAGAGGGGAGAGAGGAUUGAGGAGUCACGCAUGGAUGUGGAUCAGAUGCAAAGACGGUUUGCUGAUUACACUGCAUCCUUGUUUCGUGAGGGAUUUUUGGAUGUUCAAUUCACUCAGCUUCAGCAACUGCAAGACGAAAGCAACCCCGAUUUCGUUGUCGAAGUUGUCUCUCUCUUCUUUGAAGAUUCUGAGAGGCUUCUCAACGAUUUGGGCAAAGCUCUUGAUCAGCAGAUUGUAGAUUUCAAGAAGGUGGAUGCCCAUGUUCACCAGCUGAAGGGUAGCAGCUCCAACAUGGGUGCACAGAGGGUUAAAAAUGCCUGCAUUGCGUUUCGUAACUUUGGUGAGAUGCAGAACUCAAAAGGGUGUCUCAGAUGUCUGCAACAGGUGAAACAGGAGUACUUCCUUGUGAAGAACAAGCAUGAAUCUCUAUUCAGGCUGGAGCAACAGAUCCUGGCUGCUGGUGGGUCAAUUCCAAUGAUGGAAUAAGUAGUAGUGUGAGGUUAAUAGUUGUCCACUUAAGCAGAGAACAA